AACUUAUGGCGAAAAUAUAUUGCGAAGUUACAUCGGAAGUGUAAAUGUUUUUAUCAUUUUAGCCUGUCAAAAGUCUACGACGUACCGAAAAAACUUUUGUUUAUCACACUGGCAAAUGGCCAUAUGUUACUUUUUUUAAAAUAAGACCAAAUUAAACGAAUUCGACGGCAGGACUUGAGAAAUGUGUCGAACGGUGUUGUUAUCUGGUGAAAACAUUCGACUAGCAUAGCUGAACUACAAAGGCAAUUUUGGUCCGUUCAUGGACCUGUUUAUCGAAACACUCACUGGAACGGCGUUUGAGUUACGUGUGAGUCCAUACGAGACUAUAAUGAACGUCAAAGCGAAAAUACAACGUCUUGAGGGAAUUCCGAUAUCCCAGCAGCAUUUAAUAUGGAGAUCAGUGGAGCUUGAAGAUGACUAUUGCCUUCAAGAUUAUGACAUUAAUGAUGGUGCAACAUUGCAAUUGGUUCUUGCUAUGCGAGGAGGGCCAAUAAACAUGAAAAGAGUUCCUGUUGAAGAUAAUUCACUACGAGAAAUGGCAGAAUAUGUUGAGGCAAACAGAGAUGAAAUUUGGGAUAAGUUACCGAAAGACAACAGACAAGUGACAUUCUUAGUGUUCAGGGAAGGUGAACAGUAUAAUGUAUAUAGAGUAGUUGAUCGAGGAGAUGGCACUUUGACACCACUGUCAGAUUCCCUAAGUGGUGCAUCAUUGUAUAACUUAUACGACGAAGAUGAUGAAGAGAAUUCAAUAACCGUUCCUCAAGAAACAGUUCUAGAAAAUAAUGUUACCAUGAACAAGAUGAAGUUAUUGAAAAGUAAAAUGCAAUCACUCAACAUGAGUAGAAAGUCUCGUGGUGGAGGAACAUCAGUGGAGCAAGUGUCAUUUCAACCACAUUCCCCACCUCCUUCCGGACGAAUUGUUUACCAGCCUCGUCCUCCUUCAAAAGAGAAACACUGUAAGCACCAACCACGUCCACCGACUGGUGAAAAACCAUCUCGAAGAUUCUCAGGACAUGUACCAUGCAUUCAUCAACUGGGUGACAACCAUGAAACUCCACACACAUCAAUGGUUGGUACUUCAAGUAAGAAAGAGCCCUAUACUUCGAGCAAGGGACUUCCCCCCGUAAAUAAAACAAAAAAAUCAAACAACAUAGACAUUUCUGAAUUAGUGCGAAAUCCUCCUGAUGAUUCACACUUUGAGAGUGGAAUACUUCUGAAACAUUUCAAUCAUGAGAACGAUGAAAGAUCAAGUUUGGUUAAUGACAGAGUUACUGCAAGCUUAGGAUCAAAUGCUAGUCGUGCUCAGGGUACAAGCCACGGCCUGGGUACUAGCCACAACAAUAUGAACUUUAGUAGGUCACUAAGGUCAAGUCAUGUAAAGCACAAACCAUUACCCAAUGUGAGAAAACACUCAGAAAAUAUGACAUUGGCAGAAACUACUGCAUGUGAUCCUGAAAUGGUAAAUCUAUCAAAAAAUAAAUCAGGCAGUUUACAAGGGCAUGGUUAUUCAACAAACAGAGGAAUUCGUACUUUGAAAGACAGGAACAUGUCAGUUGAACGCAUGAGAACUGGUCAUUUGACGGACUCGUUGUCCAGAAUGCACCGGACACAACAGGGUAGUGCUGGCACAUCAUACCCAACAUCAGAAAUACAAAAGCACCGACCACCUCCCCCUCCCCAGCUGGUCUCUGCAAAGAAGACAAGGUGUACAUUUUGCAGAAAGAAGAUUGGUUUAGCUACAACCUAUGUUUGCCGUUGUGGGAACUCCUUUUGUGCAACACAUCGUUAUGCAGAGACACACAAUUGCAACUAUGACUAUAAAACUGAAGGCAGGACACUUCUCGAACAAAGCAAUCCUUUGGUUAUUGCUCCUAAGCUACCCAAAAUAUAAUCCCAAGGCAGAGAACACGGAAUAGUAAACUAGGAAAAUAUUUUGUAUUAUUCAUAGAUGAACAUAUUUGAGAAUAAAUAAAGGUAAUAUGGCA